AUGUCUAAGGAAGUCGAUUCUCUUGCCCAUGGGAUUGCCGGUGGGCUUGGAGGGCUCAUCUCCAUGACUCUCACGUACCCAUUGGUCACGUUAUCUACAAAAGCCCAGGCUUCUACUAAAAAAGCCAAAGACCCAACAAUCUCGAAAGAAGCGCUCAAAAACCUGUACAACGGUCUGGAAAGUGCAUUGGUGGGCAUAACUGCAACAAACUUCGUCUACUACUACUUCUACGAGCUCACCGGAUCGAAACUGAGGAGAGAUAGGUCCGUGUCGCUUAAGAAAGGCCUCACUGCCACACAAAGUAUCGUGGCUGGCCUUGUGGCUGGUGUCAUCUCGAGAGUAGCUACAAACCCAAUUUGGAUAGCAAACACAAGACUUACGGUGCUCAAGAGGUCCGCAAGGAAGUCUGCCCCAUCUAACACAAUCCAGGUGAUUUUGACGAUUUUGAAAAAAGAAGGCUGGCGCAGUCUAUUUAGCGGUCUUGUUCCUGCUCUGUUCUUGGUCUUGAACCCAAUCAUCCAGUACACCAUUUUUGAGCAGCUAAAAACUUUGAUUGUCACCAGACGCAAACGGAAACUCAGUCCUUUUGACGCGCUGCUAUUGGGUGCGUUUGGUAAACUGAUUGCAACCAUCGUCACGUAUCCUUAUAUCACCGUCAGAUCCAGAAUGCAUCUCCAAAACAUCAAGGAUUCUCAGUCCCAGCCGGUUACUGCCAACUCGGAGGCUUCAAGCAACCCGGCCGAUAGUGUCCAGUCGCUGCCGGACGACAUCGAGUCGUCGUCGCAGCUCCCUGAUAUUGAAAAGCCAGAAACCCCAAAAAAGCAAGGAAUGGUCUCUUUGAUGUACGACAUUGCGAAAAACGAGGGAAUUGCAACGUUCUACAACGGACUCAGUUUGAAGCUACUCCAGAGCAUUUUAAGCGCAGCGUUCCUUUUCUAUUUUAAAGAGGAGAUUGUCCUAAAGACGGACUAUGUCAUCCAAAAGACCAAGCGUGCGAAGCGUGGACUUUCAACAACAGAGAAUGCUAUCUAG